AUGUCUACUCUCGAAGAAGCCACUGCCAUCAGACACACUCUGUCAGAGUAUCACGUCUACCACGAAGGCGAUGAACACGUCUGCCUCACGCCAUUCCUAGAUCUCACCAAGGAGUUCGGAUACAAAAAAAGGCACCACAAAUGGCAAGCAGAUGAUUACGCCUCCCGUCACCGACGAUGCAACGAAUCAAACAGCUAUUAUAUCCAUCGCCCGGUCCUGGCUUUCCACGAUCCACCACGCACAUUACUAAGGGGCAGUCAUAAGCUCGGAAAACCGAUCUGCAUCAUUAACAGCUCAGCUUUUUGGCGUGAUUGGAAUAUUCAGUUCGUUCCCCAGCUGGAGAACGUUAUUGAUCGCCGCGGUGUGGUUAAGUGGGAACGUCGCACGAGACUGGAUAACAGCACUGCUAAUGACGAUCGCGUAUUGAAAGGGUAUAAGGUGCGAUCGUGGCGGGUUUGGGGUGAAUCAGGAGGCGCAUAUCAUCGGAGUGUGAACGCGCGAAGGAAAGCCCUACGGGAGGAAGGGAAGGAGGAGAACAUUCCAUUUGAUCCUGCUAUGGCAGAUGAAACGGUACAUUUAAAAUGGACUUCGUCGCUUAGGAAUGUCCGACGAUAUCAUUUCACAUAUGCCGGUAUUACCUUCUUUUGGGAGGGGACUCGUGACCUACCUGGGGAUGUUUGGUCUAGACGCCUGAUGCCGCUAAAUCACUUGAAACUUAUCGCACAGAUUCCUGGGAGAGAAAAGGUAUUUCUGGCUCAUUACAAGUCUAAUUUCUCCUCUAAGAAAUUCGGACGGUUGUUGGUCUUCGAUUCUGCGAUUUCGAGGCUUCUUGAGGAGUCGGGUAAUACCGCCUUGCGCACGAGCCAAGAUGAUGGGGAGAACCCUUUCGUGGCUGAGCAUAAACAGCCAGAAUCGGAUACGAAGAAUACUAGACUUUACGAUUUGGUCAUAGCGACAUCUAUGUGUAUGGUUAUUGGUGAAUGGCAGAAGCGAUUAACGGCCUGGUUCAUCGUGGUGAUGAUUUUGCAGACUGGAAAUGGUAUGACGAUUGCAGGUGGAGGGGCCUAG